CCGAUGUCCCCGAGCCCUCUGGGAAGUGGAGUCCUUCCGCCGGGACCCCCGACCUGGCGCGGUCGCCUCCAAGUGCGCAGAUGCGACUCCAGACGGAGCCUCGGGCUCGAGCCUUUUGUUUCCCCGCAGCUCUGUGAGUCGGGAAAGCGACUCCGUCCGCCCCUCCUGUCUUUCCCAGAGCGCAAACCCGCAGGGACCCACCCUGUGGCCGGAGCCGAGACCGCAGUGCGUCCAGGGAGCUUCAGAGUAGAGUUGAAUGAUUAACACAAAGAAGCAGAUUAUGUAUUGCUGAAAAGUCCAUGUUUAUGUCACCUGAAACUGUGAAUAAGAAGGAAGUCAUAGCAAUAACAGGACAAAAAAGAGAAGCUGAUCAUGGAUUAUCUGACCAUUGAAGCUGAGGAAAAAGUCCUUCCAGCCAUUACUACUGAGGAUGCCUCUCUGCCCCAAAAACAGGACACAGAAGAAAUGGAACCUACUGUUGAGCUCCUUCCUGUUGAGUUCCAGGAAUUGGUGACAGUCAAGGAUGAGGAAAUGGAUUUCACUCAUGUGGAAGAACAGCUGAAUUCUGCCCACAGGUACAUGGGCAUGGAUAUGAAAGUGGAGACUUGUGGGAGCCUGGUAUUUUGGGAUUCCGAAUCUAUACCUGAAACUAAAGAAUCCUUUCCAAAGCAGGGAUUUUAUGAAGAAGUGUCAUCUGAAAGAGAGCUGAUAAUGGAGAGACUUAAAAAGGAUGAGUCCUGGGACUCCAGACUGAUAGAAGCCUGGCAGUGUGAAGGCACAUUAGAAAGGCAGCAAGGAAAUCAAAAGAAAGAUUUAAGGCAAGUCAUAAUUAAACGCAAGAAAAACCCUGUGGAGGAUUGUAAUGAAACUGGGGAAAGUUCAAACCCAAUUCAAUGUCACAACAUUUACUCAGUGAAAAAGCCUUGGAAGUGCAAUGAAUGUGGGAAGACCUUCAGUUACUACUCAGCCUUUAUCCUACAUCAGAGAAUUCAUACUGGAGAGAAGCCUUAUGUAUGUAACGAGUGUGGAAAGGCCUUCAGUCGGAGCUCAUCACUUAUUCAGCAUCAGAGGAUUCACACUGGAGAGAAACCCUAUGAGUGUAAUGAAUGUGGGAAGGCUUUCAGUCAUCGGUCAGCCCUCAUCCAACAUCAUAUCAUUCAUACUGGAGAAAAGCCCUAUGAGUGCAAUGAAUGUGGGAAGGCCUUCAACCAAAGCACAUACCUUAUUCAACAUCACAGAAUCCAUACUGGAGAGAAACCCUAUAAAUGCAAGGAAUGUGGGAAAGCUUUCAAUGAUACCUCAUCCCUUAUUAAACAUCAAAGGGUUCAUACUGGAGAAAAACCCUAUGGAUGUACAGAGUGUGGGAAAGCCUUUAGUGACAGGUCGGGCCUCACUCAACAUCAGAGAACUCAUACAGGGGAAAAGCCAUACGAAUGCAGUGAAUGUGGGAAAGCUUUCAGUUACUGUUCAGCUCUUAUUCAACAUCAAGGAACACAUACCGGGGAGAAACCUUACAAAUGUAAUGAAUGUGGGAAAGCCUUCAGUGACCGCUCAGCUCUUGUAAGACAUCAGAGAAUUCAUACUGGAGAGAAACCUUACAAAUGUAAAGAAUGCAAGAAAGCCUUCAGCCAGAGCUCAUCUCUUACAAAGCAUCUGAGAACUCAUACUGGAGAGAAACCAUAUAAAUGCCAUGAUUGUGACAAAGCCUUCAGCCAGAGUUCAUCUCUUAUUCAACACCAGAAAACCCAUAAGGGAGAAAAACACUACAAGUGUAAGAAAUGUGAGAAAACCUUCAGUGUGCGUUCAGCCUUUCAUCAACACAAAGAAAUUCAUGAUGAAUAGAAGGCAGUAAAUUCAUGAAAUAACUGUGUAGUCUUGGGGCACCCAGGUGGCUCAGUUGGUAGAGUGUGCAGCUCUUGGUCUAUGGGUUGUGAGUUCAAGCCCCAUGUUGGGCAUAGAUUUUACUUUGAAAAAAGGAAAAAAAUAUGUAUUCUCUCCUAAUUGUGUAGAUCUGUUCUAAGUAUUACAGGGUAUACCAUAAAAACAUGAGGCUGUGUCAUGUGAAAAAAUAACUCUCAAGGGUACGGGAAGAGGACAAACCCCAAAAAGCUGAAGCAAUGAAGAGAAAUCCUAGAGAAGCACAGAAGGAAGAAGUCUGG